GGCUACAUGCAGCUACAUGAAGUGAUGAUCAGGAAAGAGUACAGGAAGUUGCAUCCAGUCUUAUUCGAGGAAGAAAAGCAACACAUAAAGAAUCUGAGAAAGGAAAGCCAGUGGAUUUUGGAGAAACUAAGAAAAAGUGAAGCCAUGAUGGUCCAAAAGAGGAAUCAAUUAAGAGACAUGUUUCAGGAACUGGUGGUGAUGUGCCAUGGAACACAUCUGGAGCUGCUUCGGGAUCUUGGAGAAAUAUUGGCAAGGAGUGAGUCCAUGCAGUGGUGCAUGCCCCAGCCCGUGAAAGCAGCACUCAGUGCCAAGCCCAUCACUGGUCUAAUCCAUAGGUUCAACCACUACCAAGUGAACAUUUCUUUGGAAACUAUAAUCAUGAUCCAUUACAAGAUGAGCCUAUUUAAUUAUGUGAAGCGACUCAGCUUUAAACAUCACCUCCAGGACACAUCUGUGAAUUCUGAUGAAGCCUACUAUAUCUCCUGGGGAGCACAGAGAUUCAACUAUGGGAAACAUUACUGGGAGCUGGAUGCAACUGACUCUUGGGACUGGGCUAUAGGGGUCUGUAAAGAUUCCCAGUUAAAUAGGUGUGGCCCACUGAUUGAACUGAAGGACAUGUUCCUUCUUGUAUUUGUGAAAGACUGUGACCAUUACAGCCUCCUGACUACCUCCCCAUCACUUACUCACUAUGUAGAGAUACCACUGGGCAAGGUUGGGGUGUUCCUUGAUUGUGACCUUGGAAGUGUGAGUUUCUUCAAUGUAGCCAAGAAUUCCCUCAUAUGGAGGUACCCUGCUGGCUCCUUCAAUUUUCCUGUCAGGCCUUUUGUCUCGGCUGGCUGCACAUGA